AGUUUCCAACAAAAUCUCUCUUUUUUUUUUUCUUUUUUUUUUUACGUUUUAUGAAAUAUAUUCAGCAUGUUUUACUGGGAGAAUAGAGACUCCGUGGACAGUGUUGGGAACAUGUCCAAAGUGGACAUAUUGAGAGAAAUCGUCAACGAGAAACUGGUUACAGCCGCCCGGGAAAUCUUAGCAGUUGUGGAAAGAACCGUAGCCGGUUACGAGGAGGAGGUUUCGGGCUUCAGAGAGGAGAUCGACCGGCAGAGGAGACAGCUGGAGGCUUUCCAGCCAAAAGUCAAACUAGAGAGACCAGGUUUGAGUGACACUGGCAACCUGGGCCUUACCUGCUGUGAUGAUGAAGACGAGUCCUCAGAGCAACCAGCGCUCAUCUUCAGCAGUAGUCAAGAUGAGCCAACAGACCCGGAUUGUCAAAUAAUAUCAAGCAGAUUUGUGCCUGAGAGAAGGAAUCCUGGCAGUCCUCAGCCGGAUCACACGCAGGACCGUGUGGUUCUCAGGGUCCGCCUGUUGGAGGACUCACAGUGCAGCGUCCUCUCAAACCACGCUUUGAAGAACUCUUGCCUGCAGGAAGUGUCCUGUCCUUGUGGCCUGCAGGAGGCAAACUUCCUGGACCUGUUGAGGUCCACCUUCCCUCAGCUGUCUGGAGGUGAACUCUUUGACAUACUCACAACUGACAGGAGUAAAAAACUACAACCUCUGAAACUGAAGAUGAUGACACCAGAGGAGAUCGACAGGUCACUCAGGUCAACCGGAGCAGAAGCUUCAGUCCUGUACAUCCGACCCAAGAGACACAGAAAUGAUACUCCUGAUUGUCCGUCCACUUCUGCCAUGACAGCAGCUGAUCCAUCCAAAGAGUUCACAGUAGGUCGGUCUGGCAGGAGGCGUGGCAGACCUCGUCGGGGAGAAGAACAACGUCAUCAUCUUCUCAGAGUUUGCAUAUUAGAAGAUUCACAGUCUGAUGUGCUCUCAUCAAAUGUGUUUCUGAAAUCUCCAGUGCAGGAGGUUAAAUGUGCUCGUGGCCUACAGGAGGCCAGCUUUCUGGAACUGUUAAAGUCCACUUUCCCUCAGAUAGCUGGAGACAAACCUUUUGACAUCUUCAGGACUGACAGGAGCCGAAGGCUACGGCGACUAAAAUUAAAAGCAAUGACGCCAGAGGAGAUGAGCAAUUCCAUGAAGUCCUCCGGAGCAGGGAGAGGCACAGCCUUCUACAUCAGGAUGAAGGGACGAGAGGAGGAAAUAGAAGACCCUACGGAAAAGUGUACCAUUUUAAAGGGAAACUGUGAUGUCACCAAUGGCUUUCCAUCUACUGUGGUGAUGAAAAGUGAUGAAGCUGGACUCUGUUUAAGAGAAGGCAACACAUUGGAUGCCAGCUCAACAUCUCAAAACCAAGGCAACAUCGCAACAGUUGAGGGUGGAGGUGAUCCUGGUGUGUCAGAACCAGCAGAUCCGUCAUCCACUUCCAUGGCCUGUUCUGAAGCCGAGAGCUGUCCUGACUCCAGUGAUACAGAUGAGCACGUGGACAGAGAUGAUGACUGGAAACCCAACGCGAGCGCCAAAGAGGUUAGGGACGGCGACUCCGACCUGCAGUCGACAAACAAAUCGAGGAAGGCGCGAGCCAAAGGUCUUUGCGUGGACAGGAAAGUGACGCAAAAGAAUAAAAGCCAGUGCAAAGUCUGUGGCAUUUCCUACAUGCGAAAAAGCAGUUUGAUCCAACAUGCCCAGAGUCACGUGGGUGAACCAGAACGUCUCUGCAGCGUGUGCGGACAGCGCUUUGAGUCUGCAGAGGAGUUAGAGCAACAUCUUAACAAUCACCAACAAAUUUCCACGUGUUCUUACUGUGGGAAGUCUUUCUUCACUGUGAUCGGCCUGAAGCAUCACGUCACUGUGCACACGGGGGAGAGACCUCACAAAUGUGACGUCUGUCAGAAAAGCUUCGCUCUGAAGUCCCAACUCAAAGCUCACAGCAGGAUACACUCGAGCGAGGAAACGUUCCACUGCCAAGUUUGCGGAAAAACCUUCAGGAGCCGCGGAACUUUAAGGCGCCACCGUCUGACUCACACGGGGGAGCGGCGGUAUGGCUGCAAUGUCUGCAGUAAGCGUUUCAAGCUUCUUCAGACGCUGAAGGCCCACGAGAAGAUUCACACAGCCAGAGACCGAUCGUACCUCUGUCACGUUUGCUGCAAAGCCUUCUUCACGGAAAAAGACUUGGCGGCUCACAUGAGAACACACACCAACGAGAGGCCGUUCAUCUGUGGUGUCUGCGGCAUGGGGUGCCUGACCAGCGGAGACCUGAAGAUCCACCUGCGGGUUCACACCGGAGAGCGGCCGUACGGCUGCUCGGAGUGUCAUCGCUUCUUCAAACGCAAGACUCACCUGAACACGCAUGUGAUGACCCAUUCCGGCGUGAAGCCGUUCUUCUGCGGGGUUUGUGGGAAAGCAGUUUCUCGCCAGGAGCACUUGACAGUCCACAUGAGGACCCACAACGGGGAAAGACCAUACCACUGCACCUUGUGUGGCAAAAGCUUCACCCAGAGCCACUGUCUGAAAAGCCAUAUGAAGAGCCACCAUGCAGAAGAAAACUCACCCAUGGACCACGCUGAUCCAUAAAAGAUCGAUUUUCUACAACUUCUCAAAAGAAAUUAUAGUUCUCAAAAAGACUCGUUUCUUUGGACUAAACAUCUGGAUUUGCCUGGAAACAUUCUGGGUUUGAAUCUCUUAACAAUUCAGAUGUGGCUGGAGGUGAAGCAGGAAUGGAUUCUGAUUUAUAAUCUCUGGUUGUGUGUUUCAACGAAAAUAGUUCACCAUUUAAAAAAAAAAAAAAAAAAAAAAACUUCUGUCCAGCGAACAUAGCCUUUGUUGUAGCUGUUUUUUUUUUCUUCCUUAAUUAUGAACUAAUGUGAGUUUGAUUCAUGACACUUCCACAUUUCUAUUAAAAUGUUCUUGUGUAGCCGUUUCCCACUGUAUGGUUUUAUUUUUCUUAUUCCACUAACGAGCCAUGAAGUAGUAAAGAUUAAGAGCUCAUAAGUAGAGAAUAUACAAACUUUACACACUCGAGGUGUUGCUUUCCUUAAAAUGCACUUAAACACUUAAAAUGCAGCCUCAGUGUGCCAUGACUGACACAAAAACAUAUGAUGGCCAUCCCACGGCGGUGGCAAUCGCCAGGUACGGAUCAGGCACAAACAUUUCAAAAUGCUCCAGUUGUGUUAAAAACACGACUGGAGUUAUUUGUCUGAUCAUAAAUAUUCCAAAAAGGUAUAGUUGGGACUAUCUGAUGGAAUGUUAUAGCAUAUAAACAGCAAAAUUGGUGGCAAAAGAUUAAU